CAACCAAGAAGACAAUAGCACUGCGCAUGCGCUGCUCUAUAUUAGCGCCCAGCUGCAUAAACGAAGAUGAACAACUGAUGGAGCUGGUUGUAGGAGAACCUUGGUGUGGUGUGGACCAGCAGGACCCAGAAAACCUCCACAUAAUGGAGGAACAGAAGGAAGUCAGUACCAGUCUGGAGGGAAAGCAGCUGGAUUUAAAGGAGACUGAUGCUGCCAGGCUUCCAUGUACUGCUGUUUCUAUAAAGAGUAAGGAUGAUGAAGAGAAAUCUCUCCAUCAGCAUAAAAUAGAAGACAAAGAAGAUCUGAACCAUAAUGAGCAAACAUUCAAAUCUUCAGAUAUUGAAGUUAGUGGAGAUGAUGAAGAAGAUGAUGAUGUGAAUCUAAACUCUAAGGUGUUAGUCUGUAAGCAUGAAACUGGAGAUGAAGAUAAUGACUGGAAUGAUGGCAGGGCUUCUACUUCUAGUUGUGACGACCGUGGGAAAGGAUCAACUUUGAAUAAUCACAUCAGAGUCCACGAAGGACAGAAACCCUUAAUUUGUAAGAUAUGUGAACAACAAUUUAGUCACAAGUCGCAGUUAAACAGUCACAUGAAAAUCUACAUGAGACAGAAGCAUUUUGCUUGUAAUAUCUGUGAUCAAAGUUUUAUUUCUAAGAGAAAUUUAAAAAAACAUGAAGAAGUCCACAUAGGACAGAACCCAUUAGCCUGUAAGAUAUGUAAACAAACAUUUAGUCACAAGUCACAUUUAACCCAUCACAUGAGAGUCCACACAGACCGAGACCUUUUACCUGUGAGCUCUGUGGACAGAGACUUGGCAUCAAGACACUACACACAGACUUCCUGUUUGACUAAAGGUGUCGUAGGCGGCAAACUGGAAGAGUCCUGGUUAGAGCCUUUAAAACGCACCGUAUACAUUCUAGUAGAGCCUUGCAACACAUCUGCAGAGAUGGGUAAGAAGACUAACAAGACAACCCAAGUCUCAGGAGAACCUAAAGAAGACGAAACCUCCCAAGGAAACCGGACUAGCCAAACACGUGCUGCUAACAUCCCAGUGACCUUUGAACAACUGGUGAAGCUGGUUAAAGAUGAACCUUGGUGUGGUGUGGACCAGCAGGACCCAGAAAACCUCCACAUAAAGGAGGAGCAGAAGGAAGUCGGUAUCAGUAUGGAGGGAGAGCAGCUGACUGAUGCUGCCAGGCUUCCUUUCACUGCAGCUUCUAUAAAGAGUGAAGACGAAGAGAAACCUGUGUUCUCACAGCUUCAUCAGCAGCAAAUAGAACACAGAGAUGUCCCAAUGAGCAGCUCAGCUCACCAGGUGACAGCAGAAACUAGCAUGAAUUCAGAUCUGAACCCUCAUAAACGGACUUUCAAAUCUUCAGAUACUGAAUUUAGUGGAUGUGAUGAAGAUGACAAUUAUUUGCAUUUUGGUUGUGAGCUCUGUGGACAGAGAUUUUGCAAAAAGGUAUUUUUAACCCAUCACAUGAGAGUCCACACAGACCGAGACCUUUUACCUGUGAGCUCUGUGGACAGAGACUUGGCAUCAAGACGAUACACACAGACUUCCUGUUUGACUAAAGGUGUCGUAGGCGGUAAACUGGAAGAGUUCUGGUUGGAGCCUUCAAAUCGCACCGUAUACAUUCUAGUAGAGCCUUGCAACACAUCUGCAGAGAUGGGUAAGAAGACAAACAAGACAACCCAAGUCUCAGGAGAACCUAAAGAAGACGAAACCUCCCAAGGAAACCGGACUAGCCAAACACGUGCUGCUAACAUCCCAGUGACCUUUGAACAACUGGUGAAGCUGGUUAAAGAUGAACCUUGGUGUGGUGUGGACCAGCAGCACCCAGAAAACCUCCACAUAAAGGAGGAACAGAAGGAAGUCAGUAUCAGUAUGGAGGGAGAGCAGCUGACUGAUGCUGCCAGGCUUCCUUUCACUGCAGCUUGUAUAAAGAGUGAGGAUGAACCUCUGCUCUCACAGCUUCAUCACCUGAAAACAAGACAGAAAUGUCCAAACGAGCAACUCAGCUGACCAGAUGACAGCAGAAACUGGUGGAGGAGCAGAAACUAUUAGGAACCUAGAUUUAAACCCUUAUGAACAGACUUCAAAAUCUUCAGAGACUCAAGUUAAUGGAGAUGAAGAGGACCAUGUGAAUUGUAGUUGUGAGCUCUGGACAGAGAUUUUGCCAAAAGGCAUAUUUAACCCAUCACAUGAGAAUCCACACAAACUUACACUUUGACAAAAGGGGGAGAAAGGGAGCAACCUGAAGCCUCUUUUAUAAAACAAUGCCACCAGUUUUUUGCUAAGCUGAGACGUCAUCUGGGAACCUUAGGUUUACAAUUUGUCAGACUGGCAGUAAUUUGGCGCAAUCGUGGCCUUUAAAAAAAAAAAAGAUUACACAAUAGAGGUAAAAAGGGAA